AUGAACGUAGCUGCUUCAACUGAGUCUUCUACAGUUUCAAUUCCACCUAGAAAUGGCAUACAGAAUCUAAGAGAUGAUGAUUAUAGACGACGUAUUGUAACUGUUCAAGCGGAUGAUUCCGAGCAGCACGAUGAAUCAGUUUGUGGUAAAGUUCUCAUCUUUCUCUCGUGGUUUCUUGUUUGUAUUACGAUGCCGUUCAGUUUACUAGUAUGUUUUAAGGUUGUACAAGAGUAUGAACGUGCUGUGAUUUUCCGUUUGGGAAGAUUAAUGGUUGGAGGAGCUAAGGGACCAGGUAUUUUCUUCAUUCUACCAUGCAUCGAUGCCUACGCUCGUGUUGACUUACGAACACGUACAUAUGAUGUUCCACCCCAAGAAGUCUUGACAAAGGACAGUGUGACAGUGAGCGUUGAUGCUGUUGUGUAUUAUCGAGUCUCAAAUGCUACCGUCUCAAUUGCCAAUGUCGAAAAUGCCCAUCAUUCGACACGUUUGCUAGCACAAACAACACUACGGAACACCAUGGGUACAAGACAGCUUCAUGAAAUCUUAAGCGAACGAAUGACACUCUCUGGAAGUAUGCAGAUUGCUCUUGAUGAAGCUACAGAAGCAUGGGGAAUUAAAGUGGAACGUGUAGAAAUCAAGGAUGUUCGCCUACCUGUUCAAUUGCAGAGAGCCAUGGCAGCUGAAGCUGAAGCAUCGAGAGAAGCACGAGCUAAAAUUAUUGCGUCAGAGGGUGAACAGAAGGCAUCUCGAGCACUCCGAGAGGCCUCGGAAAUUAUUGGCGAUUCGCCAGCUGCUUUACAACUAAGAUAUCUUCAGACACUGAAUACAAUCUCGGCUGAGAAGAAUUCAACGAUUAUUUUCCCUCUGCCUAUCGACUUACUAACAUUCUUCAUGAAAAAGAAAGAUUAA